AUGAAGUUGCCCCAUUUAGAGCCCGAGGAAUUUAUAGUCUGUGCAGAUCAAGGCCCAUUAAGGGAGCGGAUUUUUCACUUCUCACCUACGUCGUUGGCUAAUCUCAAAGCCAAGGCUAACCAAGAAUGUGAAACCAACAAUGUUAUAUCGUCGUUUCAAGCCUUAAGUGCUCUUGUGUGGAGAUCCAUCACCCGGGCUCGAAACCUACCUUCGGAUCAACCAACCACUUGUUCCUUUUCAAUUGGUGCACGGAGUAGGUUUGAACCGCCUUUAUCUGAUGAGAAUUUUGGAAAUUACAUUGGCGGAGCUCAAUGGAUUUGCAAUGUAGAGGAGUUAUUGGGCCAUGAUUUGGGCUGGGUUGCAAUGAAUUUGCGAAAGUGUAUUAUGGCCCAAGAUGGAAAAGCUAUACUUGGUAUGUACCAGUUUUUCGCUAAAUCCCCAAUAGUGUUUACGCCAGACAAACAAGAUUUUCAUGGGCCAAACAAAGUGGUCAUAGGAGGAUCGGCAUGA